GAGAGUUUCAACGACAUCCUAAAGGUAAACGCAAUUGUUGUCACGUACUUGCGGAACACUGAGAAAUGUGAAAAGGCUUUAGAUCAAAGCGCAGAGGAUAUCGAAGGUGCGUCCGUUACGGAGUAAUAACAGCCAGGUAGCCAUUUUUGGGGGGUGCGAAAAUGGCCAACAAACGUAUUCAAGCAAUCUCAAUUGCAAAUCGUUAUUUUAUAUUGGCCGAUGGAAUGAUUCCCGGUUUAAAAGACCAUCUCGCAGAGCAGGUAGUACUUAAAUGGUUCGGACAGGUGAUUAAGGGAAGAGAAAACGUAGCUAAUUUUAUACUGUUCAAUAAAAUGAAAGUCUUUCACAUGUUUUCCGAUAUUAUGCCAAUUUCGGGUAUCUCUUGCGGAAACAAACAGUCGAAACGGAAGAUAAAACGGUCCAUAGAUCAAAACGGUAAAUGCGAAACCUACACGAACAAUUAUUUACGCGAAGCACCGGGUAGUUCUUCACACGAGACUGAAAUGUCAACGACCCAUGAAAAUGGCAAGGAUUAUGAUCAGAUGAGCAAUUCGAACGAUGCGGCUAUCAUGCAUGAAGCAAAUGAAUGCGAACAUGAAUUUGAUUUGCUCGAAAAAAAUAUAUUGGACAAAUUAAAAGUAUUAAUGAACGAAGACGACGAGAAAAAUGUCGCUAUCGAUGUGAAUCAAGAUGAAUUUAUUGCGAAUGCAACAGCCGAGAACGAUCUCUAUAAUCUUUUCGAGCCCAAGAUUAUGUCUCAGCACAUCGUCGAGAAGAUACAGAACAUUAAUAGGAUAAAAUUGAAAGAGGAAAUGGCACCAACCAUCAGAGUCAUCAACAGAGAGUGUGGUCAAGGAGAUGGACCUGUUACUGCUGAAGCUAACGCGACUAAGUACCUGAAAGCGAAUGGAGAAAUACAAUUUGUACGAAUGGCUGCACAAACAGAUUCUUUGUCCUUAUAUCAUCGGGCAAAACUAGGGAAAAAAAAAUUCUGGAAACAACAAUGUAUACUGCAGAUCGCGUAUUCUUUAACUGAUAACUCGCCGAUAGUUGCUAAAAAAUGUUACGAUUCUCAGGAAAGUGCUUAUUCUGCUCAAGUUUCAAACCUUUCGGCUAAAGUACACCACGAUGCAGAUAAAGUACAAAAAAGUAAAUUGUUAAGUUUGGAAGAGGCAAUCCGAGCUAGUAAUACGUUAAUACGGGAUGUAAAUAAUUUCGGUGGUUAUCUGCAACCCUUAAACUUUUCAGAGGAUCGCGACAAUUUUUUAAAAACUUUCCAAGCCGAAAUAAAAGACCGCAAUGUGCAUUUUUGCGCGAAUUACGUGAACAAUAAAUUGAUUUUUGAUUGUCCAAAUAGAAGACCAUUUAAAGCCAUAUGUCAAAUCCACGAGAUUGUUUAUACCACAGUCAGGGAAUUGCACAGUCAGGGAAAUGCAUGUAAUACAGAAGAAACGGCCCAAGUGAAAAAUAAAACUAUCACACAAGUUGCAGCUGAAUGACGAUUGCGUGUGUUUGAUCUUGGUUAGAUAAUAUUGUCAGGUGAAUCAAUUGCCGGAUAUCAAUUCACCUCGACAAUUUUUUUAUUUGUAACAAGUGAAGGCUAUUUCCUGUGUCAAUUGAGAAACCGUUUAACUCUUGCAAGACUAGCACUCUGUACACAUGAUUCGAAUUUUGUUCUGUAAAUUUUUUUUAAAUUUUUAAUUAAGAGGCCUGUAAUUAAUUAUAACAUUUAUUUAUAAAACUUUGUAUAAAUAUAUAAAUACUAUAGAAGUACUUUUUAGAGAGAUAUUAAAGUGCAAAUGCAGGAAAAAUUGAAAAAAUUUAAUAUUUGUAAAUUGUCCCAAAAAACAAUGUGUGUACAAAAUGUUAAAAGGCAUUUUAAACUUGUAAGUUUGAAACAAUAUUUUUUUAAAUUGCAUAAUAUUUAAUCUAUGCGCACUGCUUCGAAAGUAUCAAAAUGCAUACGAUUCACAUUUUAGAAUGAUCUCAGUCCACAUUGUUAAUUUGCAUUUGUGUAAACAACGAAAUGAUCAAGGGACAUACCGCGCCGCGGUUUAAUUUAUGUUCCUGCUUAGGUGAUAUAGAUUUUGUCGCGAUGCUUUUAUUUGCAUCUUCAUAAAUUAUUAAUUUUCCUAUGAUUUUUUAUUUCCUAUGAUGUAUAUAAUUAUAAUACACUUGAUUGUAGCUAUAUUUAAUAUAUGAUUGAGCAACGUUGUAAAUGAUCAAUAAUAUCAAUAAUAUCAACAUAUUUCCAUACGUUUAUUUAACGAUAUAUUUUCGAUAAUUAAUAAUAAUAAUAGGUUUUUUAUUGUAAUUACAUUUAAUAAUUAAUGGUGGUAAUGUAAUAUUUUAGAAUGUGUGAUCAAUAAUAUAAAUAUAUUAUGAAAUGUUUGCAUCGCAAGAUCUUUUCGAUAAUUAAUUAUGAUAAUAGGUUUUUCAAUAAAGUGAGAUUUUCAAUGAAUAA